CAAUCAUGCCAAUGGACGCCAAGUGUUGUAACCCGUCGUUCAGCCGCUAUACUGAGGUUGUAAAUUUGGCUCCGCAAAAAAUCGUUGAAUACGUCCCACGGGCAGCUUUCCAAAAACGUCUUUAACUUCUGUGCAGGUGUCUGGGUAGGCCCCUAGUUCAUGAUGGCAGAUUGGGUGCACUGCAAUCAAUGCUUUCUCCAGCCAGGUGGAGGGAAGAAGUUCUUCCUCACAAAUUGUGCUCACAUCUUCUGUGAUGGCUGCAUCCAAGAGGGAUCAAAAAAUCAGUGCCAUACGUGUGGCAGUCACUGUACAACAAUAGAAUUAUCAUCCAAGAUGAAGCCAGACGUGGAGAUUUUCUUCCAAAGUCCUCACGAGAUUGCCAGGAAACAGCACAAGCAGUUGAUGCAGGUGAUGGAUUUUCAGAGAAAUCACAGCCAACGCCUUGCUGCUUACAAAAGAGACCAGGAGGCCAAGAUGCAGUCAAGAAUGCAGAUGACAGUGCGACAACUGGAUCAAGCCAGGGACUUGGAACGGGAGGUCCUCCGUCUGCAAGAGGAAAAUUGUAAGCUGAGACGGCUGGUGAGCGGAUCGCCUGGCCCAGGGGGUGCUGCAAAAGUUUACAGAUCUAGCACUCCUGGUCAAGUUUUGGCAAACUCCAGCAUCCCACCAAAGGUGCGCAACAUGGUUCAUCAGAAUUCCUCCCAGUCCAUCAGUAGGUCGUCAUCACCAUACGGAAGAUCACAGCAUAUUCAGCAAAUGGAAACGUCAAAGACACCCCAGUCUCAACCAAUGACACCCACCAGGACCCCACCAGGCCCAGCUAGGUUGAGUAUCCGAACACCGCCCGUCAACGGAAGGAUAGGUGAGUCCACAUCUCUGGGACCUGAACAGACUCGGACACACCCCAUCUGGACACGGUUCCAACAACCCCAACGCCUCACCACAUAUCAGGGGCUCAUUUCGCAGAACCUUUCAUUCAUUUUUUCUACGGUGCAUUUGUUUUCAGGAACGGUCGGCACCCCCACCCAGGGGAAUAUGACUCUUACCCCAUCUGGCACCUUGAUAAGGUCAGCCAAUACUCCCGGGGCAGUGGUUGGCAUGGCAACCCCGGGUCGUUCCUCACCCAUGAAUGUUAGCCCGGCUUCCAAUAGCUUUUCUUCCUUUAGCAAUUUCCGGUCUUCUCAGCUCCACAACGACUGCUCCCAAGGCAGCACAAGAUUCAGUUUGAGCCAAUCUUCUCAGAGCGACCAGGCUAGGAGACCAAUUCAGCUAAACUACACCCCCAAGACUCCAACUCGCUCCGCAGCUCCCGUCAGCCAGUACCGACAGGGUAAAUCGUAGCCAGCCUCGGCCGGACCUAGUCUCCUACCAGACGCAGCUGGCAACUUCA